UUUACUCACCUGGAAUUCGCAAAGUUUACACAGUUCUAGUGUUGAUACAACCACGACAGGGAACCGUACAUGAUUAGGUGGAUCUCUCUCAGCUUUGGGGAGCUGCGAACUCUGAGAAAUUUGCCGAGACCAUCCGACGAAACCUGGAGUACGUGGAAGCUAAGUCCUGCCGACGAGACAACGACUGUUACACGAUCUUGCAAGACUCUUAACGACCUGAAAUACUCUCCCAUGGCAGACGACAGUAAGACAAACAGGUACUCGAUCCAUUCCUUGGGGAGAAAUUCUUGCCACGACGACCAAAUCCAGGCUUUGUUGCCGAAUGAGGAACAACAGGACGGCGAGGGAAAAUCUACCGAUGAGAACCCCAACAGUCCUUCGGGGCAGGACGCAAGCGCCACCGAGGACGCUAAAACGUCGCCCGAUGCGAGUCAGUCCGUUGGAAACGCUACAGUUUCUGUGAACAUUCCAACGGAAAAGAUCGAGUUCCAACCGCCGAUAGAACACAAAGAAGGCCACAACACGAAGUCCAAGUUUGUUUUCUUUAAGAGAAUCCCGGCAAGCCCAGCCAGAGUUAAGCCGCCGAUUCAGAUGAACGCAUUCGCACAGAAGAAAACCCUGGCGCAAGGCCUGAUGGACAUCGCACUUCUCACUGCUAACGCCUCCCAGAUGAAACUGGUCCUAACAGAGGGUCCAGACAGGGUGUUGUUCUACCAUUUCCUGAUGACGAUGUUGUGUCUGUCGGUUAUCUGUCAGUGUUUUGUCGGGUUUUUACUGCUGUACAAGGCACGGCUCAACAUAGAGGACGAACACGAACAGCAUGCAGCCGACAAAGCGAACAACUGGGCGACGGCCCUGGUGAUGCUGAUCACGAUAAUCAACGUGUUUAUCUCCUCGUUCGGCAUCAAAUUAGAGGAACCAAAGGCCACAACAGCAGCACAGGCACCGGCGCCACCUAGUGGGACUGACAACACAUGACAGCUACUGGUUGAACCCGAACAAUACAGCGAAUAUCUACCUUUUUCAACAGCCAUUGAACCAGAACAAGACUGUCUGGUUUGUAGUCCGUACUGUCGUAUGUCCUGUUAUAAGAACUCUCCCAUUCCUUACUUGUGCAACCUGACCAAUGAACACGGACAAUAAUUCUCUUCAAUUUUCUCAAAAGAGGCAGCUUCUUCUUUACAGGCAUAGUUGAUUUAGAAGUAUUUUCACACUUUACUUGAAAUAAAGACAAUUUCACAUCGUUUUUGCUUCGAUUUCUCCAUGUGUGUGUUAGUGCAUG